AUGGAUACUACUGGAGCAUUCAUGUUACAACCCCUUAAACAACUUAAUGCUAGGGCAGAGACUAGGACUCAAACAAAGGAUAUCACGAUAAAAGAGAUGAGAUUGAGCAGGAACUAUGACGUCAUGAGAAGCGAUGCUGCUUCUGUGAAGUUCUGGAAGGUUCUAGGAGAGUCAUGUGAUGUGAGAGCGUCUAAGUCUGGAGUUGGGAUUUCGGUAAUGGUAGCGAUAGGUUCCAUGCACCACAAGUCAUCUCCACUAUUUCUUUCAGUUCUGUGGAAUGAAAAUGAGGUGUGGAUUCCUGAAAACUUUGUACACCAAGACAAGCCCAAAGUUAAGUAUGAUGAAUGGCUACAUUUGAUCAACUCCUUUGCUUUUUUUCCAUGGUGUUGGUGUACUGUAUUGUGCGAUGAGGAGAAUAUAAUCAAUAUCAUUAAGGAGCAGGGCAAAAAGCAAGAACUUGCUGCUUUGAGUGAAGCGAAGAAAGUUGCUUUUAAAAUAACAAAAUUACCAAUGUUGCCUGAGGAGCUUGAAUUGCCCCCUUGGGCAAGUUGGUCUUGGAAAAACUCUUAUCUUCUUGAGAAUGUGCAUGAGUCUCAAGACGUACUGAUGGGCAGCUUGAAGAUGCUGUGUACAGCCCCUGUGGUGACUGCAUACUCCACUAGACUGGUGGUCUUAGGCCUUGAAUUAAUUUUAAGGGAUUCAUGCAUGAUUAAAGUAGAUCAUGCUCGUGCUGAUGUGAUAAGCACAGUUGUGGGUCUUAUUAAGAUGACAACAAAUGUCAGUCUGGUUGAUGAGCAGCAGGCUGAGGAGGAGAGAGAUAAUGGGGUGGCUGAGGAGGAGAGAGACAAUAGAGAGGUUGAGGAUGGGGGGGAGGAGGGAGACAAAAAAGAGAGAGAGAAUGACAAGAAUGAUGAUUGA